AUGAAGUUGGACACUAUACACAUGCGUUAUCUCAAUGCGGACGACUGGCGAGUACUUCAGGCCGUCGAAAACGGGUCUCGGAGCCACGAGGUUGUGCCUACGAAGCUUAUAGGCCAGAUAGCAAACCUCAAGACAGGUAUGGGCUCUGCCAACAGAGCCAUCUCUGAUCUUGCAAAAUUGAACCUCAUCUCAAAGCUCCGAAACGCUAAGUACGAUGGGUACCGGCUGACAUACAACGGGUUCGACUAUCUGGCUCUCAGGACAUUUUUGCAGAGAAAAACCCUGGUCGAGCUCGGGAGCACUAUAGGGGUUGGUAAAGAAUCGGACAUUUAUGCAGGAAAGGACGGCGAAGGCAACGAAAGGGUGCUGAAGAUCCAUCGUUUGGGAAGAGUCUCUUUUCGCACAGUGAAAAACAAGCGGGAUUAUCUCCGGAAUAAGGAGGCUCAGAGCUGGAUGCAUUUGUCGAAGCUGGCAGCAGAAAAAGAGUACGAGUUUAUGACGAUAUUGUAUGGGAACGGAUUUGAGAUCCCGCGGCCGCUAGACUAUUCGCGCCAUUGUGUUGUCAUGGAGUUGGUGGAGGGCUUCCCGAUGCGGCAGCUUCGUGAACAUUUCCAAUACAAAAGGCUAUACUCGCAGUUGAUGCAGUUUAUGGUGAAAUUAGCCAACCAUGGACUUAUUCACUGCGACUACAACGAGUACAACAUCAUGAUCAGAGAGGACGGCUCCUACGACUCGGCCACAGAGCCUGGGUUCCUAGUGAUCGACUUCCCGCAGUGUAUAUCGAUCAACCACGUGGACGCAGAGUUCUACUUCAAGCGGGACGUGGAGUGUAUCAGACGGUUUUUCAAGCGCAGAUUCGGGUACUCGCCUAAAGAUGACUCGAUGAUGCUGGACACGGACGGCUUCGGCGACGGUUUCAGAUACGCGUAUCCCGUUUUCAGCAGAGAUGUGCAAAGAAUGGGAGAUCUGGACCUGCAGGUGAAGGCCUCUGGCUACAGGAGCGAGAAGAAGACAGAGUUGGAGGACGCGCUGGGAAGCAUGAGGCGGGAUUACGACGAUACUGAGGAGGACGAGGAGGACGAAGAGGAGGAGUAUGGAUCUGAUCUUGAGUUUUCGGAGUCUGUGUCGGACACGGAGUCUGUGAACGAAAAAAUCGUGCAGGCCCUAGUGGAAGGAGAAGAACUGAAAACUGAUAAGUUUGGGAAUUACAUAUUAGAAGAGUAAUUACAACAAUCGAUACUUAAUUCACUCCAUUAUGCGAAUAAACUAUCUCACGGUUAACGAGUAGCCAUGGCCUUGGUGACGACUCUCUUCAGCGACAGCUCAGCCUUUCUCAGGUCGUCAGCAGAAGAGUCCUCAAUCUCAAGAGCAGCCAGAGCCUCAGACAAAGCAGCCUCAACCUUGUCCUUAGCACCCUUCUUCAUCUUGGCAGACAGAACUGGGUCGGUGACAGUGGCCUCAAUGGAAGAGACGUACGACUCGAGUCUUUGCUUUUGCUCGUGCCUCUUGGAGAACUCCUCGUCGGCUUUCUUGAACUUGUCAGCGUCGUUAAUCAUCUUCUCAAUCUCGGAGGUGGACAGUCUACCGACAGAGUUGGAGAUGGUGAUGUUGGCAGAUCUGCCAGUGGACUUCUCGACGGCAGUGACCUUCAGAAUUCCGUUGGCGUCGACCUCGAAAAUGGCCUCCAAAACUGGCUCUCCAGCUGGCAUUGGUGGGAUGUUCUUGAGGUCGAACUCACCCAAAAGGGUGUUCUCGGCACAGUUGACUCUCUCACCCUGGUACACUGGGAACUGGACGGUGGUCUGGUGAUCCUCGACAGUGGUGAAAGUUCUUCUCUUGAUGGUUGGAACAGUGGUGUUUCUUGGAACAACUGGAGCAAAGACGUUACCUUGCAUAGCAACACCAAGCGAGAGUGGGAUGACAUCCAACAGCAGCAGGUCCUUGGUCUCGUCAGAGGUGGAUUGACCGGUCAGGAUGGCACCUUGGACGGCAGCACCGUAAGCAACAGCCUCAUCUGGGUUGAUAGACUUCUCGAGUUGCUUACCGUCGAAGAAGUCAGACAACAGCUUCUGGACCUUUGGAAUUCUAGUGGAACCACCAACAAGGACGACCUCGUCGACCUGGGACUUGGAGAUCUUGGCAUCCUUCAAAACUUGCUCAACUGGAGUCAAGGUGGACUUGAAGAGAGCAGAGUUGAUGUCCUCGAAUCUGGCUCUGGUGAUGUUAGCAGAGAAGUCCUCACCCUCGAACAAGGAGUCGACCUCAACGGUGGUUUGGGUGACGGAAGAAAGAGUUCUCUUGGCCCUCUCACAGGCGGUUCUGAGUCUUCUCAAAGCUCUGGCGUCGCCAGAGAUGUCCAAACCAGUCUUCUUUUGGAACUCCUUUUUGAAGUGCUCAAGGAGGUUGGUAUCGAAAUCCUGACCACCCAAGUGAGUGUCACCAGCAGUAGCCUUGACGGUGAAGACACCACCAGCAAUGUGCAGCAGAGAAACAUCGAAAGUUCCUCCACCAAGGUCGAAGAUCAGAAUGUGCUUCUCCUGGUCGGAUUUACCAGCACCGAGACCGUAAGCAAUGGCAGCAGCGGUAGGCUCGUUGAUGAUUCUCAACACGUUCAAACCAGCAAUGGCACCAGCAUCCUUAGUGGCUUGUCUUUGAGCGUCGUUGAAGUAAGCUGGAACGGUAACGACGGCUUUCUCAACCUUUUGGCCAAUCUUGGCCUCAGCAAUCUCUUUCAUCUUGGUCAAGACCAUAGAAGAGAUUUCCUGAGGAGAGAAGGUCUUGGUCUCACCCAAGUACUCAACCUCAAUCUUUGGGUUGCCGUUGUCGUCAAUAACCUUGAAUGGCCACGACUUGAUGUCUUUCUGCACAGACUCGUCAGAAAAAGCUCUACCGAUCAAUCUCUUAGCAUCGAACACAGUGUUCUUUGGGUUCAAAGCAGCCUGAUUCUUGGCAGCGUCACCAAUCAGUCUCUCCUCAGGAGUGAAAGCGACGAACGAAGGAGUAACUCUGUUACCCUGUUCGUUAGCGAUGAUUUCGACAGCAGAGUCGUAUGUAGCAACACAGGAGUAAGUAGUACCAAGAUCGAUACCAAUAGCACCUUGGAAAACACCGUCAGCCAUUAUGUCUAUUUGUAAAGGUUAUAAAAGAUUUUAAAUCCCCAAAUUUUACCUUGAAAUAUUCCCAAAGUGAAAAAUUUUUCAGAAAAAAUAAAAAGAUUUUGCUUUUGCGCACGACGCUUUUCGGUGGGUAAAUCUUGUUUUAGCACUGCCUCAACUUUUGGUAGCACGCCACUGGCUGAUUUUCUUCUGGAUCAGCUGCUCGGCUUGCUUCACUUCUUCCUGGAGUCCAAUAAUUUCCAGCAGUUGCAUUUGGUUCAUGCCAGGACCCACAGCCACGUUUUCUGUGUCUGCGGUGUCGUGUAUUUUGAUCUUUGCUGUUGUCUGUUCUCGGAUUCGCUCGAUAUCCUUUCCUUUCUUCCCAAUUAGCGAUCCUAUUUCCUUGCGUGUCAUGUGGUACUGCUUUUUUACUGCCACAUUCUGUUUCGGAGAGAGAGCGACACGUACGGCAUUCCUGUCCGUCAAAACUUUAUUCUCCCGCAGGUAUCCAAUUCUUGUGGGGGGUCUCAGAUCCACACUCUUUCCGUACACAUCCGCCAGUGGAGGCUCUGAAUUUCGGUCGAGCUGAUAGAUAUCACCGAACGCGUAGUAUCCAUUGACCAGAACACCUGUAUUUGGCGGCAGGCCAAAUUUGGGCCACACAAUUAUCGGGUCUCCUGAAAAAAGGGAGAUUAUCUUGUUAGCAGCAAUAACAGGUCAACUUACCAUUCGAUAUAUCUCAGCCACCCUCUGUGGUGGUCCUGUAAUCUGCACAUCCCACUGGUUGAGACAAAGAUGUACUUUUUCGAACCGCAGACGCACGUUAGAGGGGCCCGGCUGGGGAUCCAGGUGGGAGAGCACUAAGUCCACCGAUGAACGGUGGCCAAGAACAAGCCGAACGCUAGCAUUACCGAGUCCAGGGUCGCCUGGAAGGUGCACAACAAAGAUUCUUGCUGACCAAUUUUUCUGAAGCUGAGGAGACAGCGAACUCAUAGAACUGCGAGGAGGAGAAAAUGUUACCAAAUCUAAAAUAUGCGCAGGCGCAGGAACCACUAUCAGCAGACCUUGGAACUAAAAUAAGCAACCAUAAACACAACGAUGAAGUUUGACACCAUCUCUUCUCCCGCCCGUGGCGCGCUGUCCUUCAGGCCGAGGGAAAAAAACUUGCGUGAUUAUCAC